AUGGGGAUCACACAUUCGGGGGACAACCCUUCAGCAACCCUUUUUUUUGUAGAUCCAGAUGUUUUUUUACUCAGUGAAGGGCACGCGACCCGGACUGUUGACGUUUUUUUUGGUGUGUGUUGCAAAAAUUUUAAAGUAAUAUUAAUUGGCAAUCCUAACUCCGCACACCUGGUCCUUUGUGAACACGCGCGGCUCCGAGCGAGGGGUGUGUCACGUGUCACUGGAUGUGUUCACUAUUACACUAAUUUCCUGUUCUCCAUCAUAACGACGACUGACAGGACCAACACCAGCAGCGACGUGACGCGACCAAGGUGCGGUCUGAAGCAAGGGAGGCUCGGAGGGUCGCUCGGCUGCGGGGAGGAGGAGGAGGGGGGAACGGGGCUGGAGUACGGAGGAAGUGAAGGUGGAGAGGGUCGCGGGGCAGGAGGAGGGAAGAGGGGGGUGAGGUCCCUGUGA